CAACCCCCCCAAAAAAACAUCUUCUUCUUUUUGACUCUCCAAAAUCUUACACAAACAACACACCUUUCUUUAGCCAUCUUUUUCUGCUUAUAAAUUAAACUUCACCCUCUUUCUUCAACUGUAGAAAUCAACAGCAAAGUAAAAAAUCAAGAAUCCUUCAAAAAAAAAUAGCCACUUAUGGCAAUUGAUGUGUGUUGUGAGAUUGCAAGUUUAGUUGUUAGUCCAAGAAUCUCCUUCUCUCAUGAUGAUGGAAUCCCAAUUGAAUGCCAUCAACAACAACAACAACAUCAUUAUAGAUCAGAUGCAUUUCUUCUUGAAUCAUCCACCAUUGAUUUUGAUUUUUGUGUUACUGAUAAACAACUAUUCAUCUCCUCUGCUGAUGAACUUUUCUCAAAUGGCAAGAUCCUCCCUUUUGAAUUCAAGAAAUCAACACCCUUUGCAGAAAUCAACCCAUCUUUGCAAAAACAGCCAGAAAAAUCACUUCUUGAAAAUGGUAAGGAAAAUACAAAGAAAAAGAGCUUAAAGGAAUUCUUGUCUACUGAUCUUGAUGAUGAUGAUGAAGAACAACAAGAAACAACAAAAUUGCCGCAAGCAAAACCAUUCUGGCAAUUCAGAAGAAGUAGCAGUUUGAAUUACCAAAAUAGCCAAAAUAGUAAUGUUUUUUUGCAAUUUCUAGCCAGAAGUAACUCAACUGGCUCUGCUCCAAUACAAAAAAAUCCAAAAAUUUAUCAAAAACAGAGUUCACAAAGAGAACAAAGAGAAAAAAUAAAAGUUCUUAGAAAAAGUUCAUCUUUAUCAUCAUCAUCUACAUCAUCAUCAUCUUCUUCUUCUUCUUUUUCGACGAAUUUUUCGUCCUUUAAUCAGAGCCAUCCAUUGCAUUCAUCAUCAUCAAAGAAGGGUCAAUCACAUCCAUUGAAGAAGAGUUAUAGUAGAUCUUAUGGCAAUGGAGUUCAUGUGAGUCCUGUUUUAAAUAUUCCACAUGCUUUGUUUGGUUUAGGUUCAUUGUUCUGUAAUGGAAAAUCCAAAAAGAAGAAAUAAUUUCUUAAAAAACUUCAUAUAGUUUAUUUCUCAGAUUCAAUUUAUAUAAUAUUUACACUAUAGUAUAAUUUGACAUGUGGUAAGAAGUUAGUUGAUACCCCUUCAUUGUAAAUUACAUUAUAUAGAUAGGUUAAAAUUGUAUAUGUAUUAUA